UUGCGGGUGUGACCCCCCCCGCUCCUCGCGCGGCCCUCGGAGCCCCCCCACGGCUUGAAGAAGAAUUGGGGCGCGGGGCCUUCAGCUGAGCAUCGCCCCCGGAGCUUUCUCAGCUGAUUGCUGAGAGAUGAAGAAGUUCUUCGACUCGCGCCGGGAGCAGGGCGGAUCUGGGCCCGGGUCGGGCACCAGCGGCGGCGGUGGAGGCAGCGGAGGGCCCGGCAGCGGCUACAUCGGCAGAGUGUUCGGCAUCGGCCGCCGCCAGGUGACGGUGGACGAGGUGCUGGCCGAAGGUGGACUUGCCAUAGUGCUUCUUACAAGGCCUAACAGUGGGAUGAAAUGUGCCCUGAAGCGGAUGUACGUCAAUAAUGAGUACGACUUGCAAGUAUGCAAAAGAGAAAUCCAAAUCAUGCGGGAUCUAUCUGGCCACAAAAACAUUGUAGGAUACAUUGAUUCCAGUAUAAACUCAGUAAGCAGCGGUGAUGUGUGGGAAGUGCUGAUAUUAAUGGACUUCUGCCGAGGAGGACAGGUGGUAAACCUUAUGAACCAACGCCUUCAGACGGGGUUCACAGAGAAUGAAGUCCUACAGAUAUUCUGUGACACCUGUGAAGCUGUAGCAAGGCUGCAUCAGUGCAAAACACCAAUAAUCCACAGGGAUCUGAAGGUUGAAAAUAUCCUGCUACACGAUCGUGGCCACUAUGUCCUCUGUGACUUUGGAAGUGCUACUAACAAAUUCCAGAACCCUCAAACAGAAGGGGUCAACGCAGUGGAGGAGGAGAUCAAGAAGUACACUACGUUAUCUUACAGAGCACCAGAAAUGGUCAACCUGUAUAGUGGCAAACUUAUCACUACAAAAGCAGACAUAUGGGCCCUCGGCUGUUUGCUGUACAAGCUGUGUUAUUUCACUUUGCCAUUUGGGGAGAGUCAGGUGGCAAUCUGUGAUGGCAACUUCACCAUUCCAGAUAACUCUCGGCAUUCACAGGACAUGCACUGCCUCAUCCGGUAUAUGCUUGAGCCAGACCCUGAUAAGAGACCUGAUAUUUAUCAGGUCUCCUACUUUGCAUUCAAACUGGCAAAGAAGGAAUGUCCAGUCCAGAAUGUCCAGAACUCUCCUAUCCCUGCUAAACUCCCAGACCCAGUCAAAGCAAGUGAAGCUGCAGCAAAGAAGAGUCAACCAAAGGCCAGGUUGACAGAUCCCAUUCCUACAACAGAAACUUCCAUAGCACCCCGCCAGAGACCUAAAGCAGGACAGACACAACCCAACCCUGGGAUUUUACCAAUUCAGCCAGCCCUGACGCCUAGAAAGAGACCCACAGCCCAAGCAGCAAUUCAGCCUCAAGUUGCAGGGCCUGCUGCCCCUGCAAGUGUCCCCCAGCAAAAAGCAGCACCGCAACCAACUUCAGCGCAGCCACAAGCCAAGCAGGCGCCAGCACCCCAACAGGCAUCGCAGGCACAGCCCCAGGUCCCUUCUGCUCAGCCACAAGCCACACCUCAGCACCAACAGCAGCUUUUCUUGAAGCAGCAGCUACUGCAACAGCAGCAGCAGCAGGCUGCGUAUUACCAGCAGCAGCAGGUGAUGCAAGCUCAGCAGUUCCCAGUGAUGCAGCAGGGAGCACCAGCGCAGCAGCAGCUCAUGCAAAACUAUUACCAGCAGCAGCAGCAACAGCAGCAGCAGCAGCAGAUGAUGGCCCAGCAGGCAGCAAUGCAGCAGAAGACAGCAGCAGCAGUUCAGCAAAAGCAACAGGCUCCAGCAGCACCACAGCCCCAGGCCCAGCAAAGUGCAGCCCAGCCAACACCACAGCAGGAACAAGCGAUGCAGGCACAAAUAAGGCAACAGCAAAAACCUCAAACCACACCACCUACAGCGGUUCAGGGGCAGAAGCUGGGUUCUCUCACCCCUCCGUCCUCCCCCAAGACACAGCGUGCAGGACACAGGAGGAUUCUGAGUGAUGUGACCCACAGUGCUGUUUUUGGGGUUCCAGCCAGCAAAUCUACCCAGCUCCUGCAAGCAGCUGCUGCUGAAGCCAGUCUCAACAAGUCCAAAUCAGCUUCCACUACGCCCUCGGGUUCCCCAAGGACCUCACAGCAGAAUGUCUACAAUCCUCCCGAUGUCUCCACGUGGAAUCCAUUUGAUGAUGAUAACUUCUCCAAACUCACAGCUGAGGAGCUGCUGAACAAGGACUUUGCAAAGCUGGGUGAUGGGAAAGCUCCAGAAAAGAUGGGCAGUUCCACAGAGAACUUGAUUCCAGGUUUCCAACCAGCUUCAUCUGCAGCCCAGGCUGAUGCGUUUGGUGGCUCAUCUUCCUUCACUGCUGGAUCGGCUGAAAAAAUGAAAGACAUUCUGAGUCUGGAUGCUAGCCCUCCUCUUCUGACUGUGCCUGAUCCUUUCAUUCCUCUCCCAUUAUCCGACACGCCAGAAAAACUGAUUGAGGGACUCAAAUCUCCUGAGACUGCGCUUCUGCUCCCUGAUAUCCUGCCUCUCGCUGACCCUUUUGGUAGCACAUCAGAUGCUGUGAAUGGAAAACCUGAUGUAGCUGUUGAAAGCCUCAUACCCGGCCUUGAGGCUCCACUGCCCCAAUGCCUCAUGUCCCAGACUGAGUCGGUUGCUUCCAACAGGACAGACUCUCUCACUGGGGAAGACUCUCUGCUUGACUGUUCUCUGCUUUCUAACCCUGCUGCUGACCUCUUGGAUGAGUUUGCUCCUGUGGCUUUCACGGCUCAACCUCACAAAGAAGAUACUAACCUGAUAGCAGGCUUUGAUGCUCCUGAGGGCUCUGAAAAAGUGACAGAAGAUGAGUUUGACCCAAUUCCAGUGUUGAUAUCCAAAAAUUCACAAGGUGGGCAUUCUAGAAACAACAGUGGAAGCUCUGAGUCCAGUCUUCCCAACAUAGCCAGGUCUUUACUGCUGGUGGAUCAGCUCAUAGACCUGUAGCAGUGACACAGUAGCAGACGCAGUUUCUGUAACGUACCUAAUCUUCCGUUUUCAUUUCCAGAGGAGUUACCUUCAGUUGUGCUUCUUUUUCUUGUGUUGUUUUUUUUUUUGGUUUUUCCCUUUUUCCUCCUUAAUUCAAAGAAAAAAACAAAUCUGCCAACAGGAGACAGUCACCCACCUUUCACCCUGUCCUCCCAUGCCCCAGGAAAGAUUCUGUCUCAGUUCUCCAGGUAGUCCUCUCUAAAGCUGGUAAAAAACAACCUGCUAUGGUUCCUUUUGCACCUCUCUGCUCGCCUGUGUCUAAAGGGAGCACCAUCAUUAGCCGCCCUGCUGAGAUGUACACAUAGCACCAUGGAAAGCCUAACUAUAACUGGUGUAGAUAACUGUAGCUGACGUAUGAUCCCUGUUGUACAACAGACUCCUUUCUCCUUAGAGUAGCGCGUAAAACUGUGUUUCGAUCUUUGCAUUUGUGUUUCUGGGUUUGGUUUGUUUGGUUUGCUUGUUUUUGUUCAUUUAUUUUACUAAUGAAUGGGCAGGAGGAAAGGGGACAGGUAAAAUUGGGAGGGAUGGCCCUCACCUGCACGGUGCAGGUUAGGAGAGCUGGUGUUUCUCAAUUGCCAGUAUAUGCUUCAGAGGAGGAAAAAGCACUGAAUUCUCCUGCAGUAGUCUUGCUUAGUACCUCUGGUGAUGGUGCAUAUGAAGAGAGUUUUCUGGACUGCCCCCCAGCUCGUGGUUUGCUAUUUAACAAUCCUGCUUGUGAAUGGACUCUGCUUCUUGGGGGGGAGGGUGGGAAAAUAAAGCAAAAAAUACAAAAAUAACAAUAAUAAAAAGCCACCAGGUUGUUAAAGCUGCAAAAAUGAUCCUAAGUGAAAUAUAACAAGAUUUUGAACCAAAUAUGUGUGAGUAUGGCCGUGAUUAGCUUUUUGUUGACCUCUUUUUUUAGGCUGAAAAGGGCAUUUGUGGCAGCAGCGGGUGUUAUUUUCUGUGACUAUUUCUGUGUUUGACUGGAAAAACAAAAAAUCCCCCCCCCAACCUACUGUAAAUUGUGUAUGAAACAAAUUGUCCUAAGGUUGUUUGUCUAUUUUUACUCCUGGUUUUAGUCAAGCAUCUGCUAUCUGUCCUGGGUUCCCCGUUAUCUCUUGUAACUGCGUAUAGUGCAACCCAGUUACGUAUGGACCCUUUCUCUUUCUGUAGACAAAGGUUACCGUGGACUUUAUUCCACUCUUUGGUCUUUGUGGAUCAAGCAUGUACUUGGUUCAGAUGGUUAUGAAAUAAGUGCUGCUACGACUCGAUGGGUUUUUACCUUUUCUUUUUCCCUUCACACGCUUAGUUUGUCUCUUAGCUGGGUACGCUCAACUUGUUUUCAUGGGCUUAUGGUCACAAAGUCCGGAAUUUCUAUCUUGUAUUUGAAAGCUCUUUCUGACCAGAAGGACUCUUCCUCUGUAGUGGAAUUAUUACUAGCUUACUGCUAACCUUGUGUAUGUGUAUGUAGCUGUAUUAGUAAAAGUGCAGUUUCCCACGUGCGAAAGUAUGAACGACUGAACCAUGUGUGACCUCUUGCUAAGAAGGAAAGAAACCCAAGUUUGUGACUGCUCCUUUCCUAUCUCCGGUAUCUCCGCUAUUCCCCCUCCCCAACACUUAGUUUAACCAAUUCUGUACAUAGAACUACCAUCAAUCGUGUCUGCUCUACAUUACUCUUCUUUUAAAACCUACACUUAAUAAUAAAAGUAUUGCUUAAGUGUGUUGUAUCAUUACAUGUGUAUACUGCACUUUCCGAGAGAAGCUUUACAUGAGAACUAUGGAAAUGACCUUAGUAAAAUUGUGGAUAGAACUUUAUUAUUUUUUUGUUUUAUAUUCCUAAAGCACAGGAGAGCUGGACUGGAAAACACGAAGAUGUUAUAGAUAGAAAGUUAUUGUAUAGUCAGAUACUGAGAAUAUAUGAAAAGAGAAUGGAUUUUAAAAAGUAACCAUCUACUGUAUAUUAGAAACAAAGAUUUCUGUGAAUUAAAGUACUUUUAAAGAAUGUUUAAGAUUUUAAAUCUAAUGGCACUUGUUCAAGGGUUCUGGAAAUAUUAUAAAUGCACCGGGUUGUUAAUAAUGCUAUUAAAUAAGCAGAUGUGAAUGUUCAUUUUAUUGCUUUUUCAAGUAGCUGUUUGUGGAGCCGGGUGGGAAAUACAACGCGACAGAAGCACACGUGUGUGUUUAGGGAUGUUGGCCAAAGCUGCUUCAUCAAAGUCUCACCACUUAGUUGCUAAAUGAAUGCAAAAUGCAAGGAAUGGGAAAGGGGUGGUGGCGGAUAUAUGGGGUUAAGUGUCCACGUGGAAGAAGUUUGGUUCCAGUUUUCCUAAUGUGGUGUAAAAAGGGUUUUCUUAAGGUUGCAGCCUUGUGUUGGAGCUGUGGGGAAUGUUUCCUCCCCCCAUUCAAGGGUUGUAAGGUUAGAUGCUGUUAUGUAAUACAAACCUGCAGUCUGCAAAGAGCAGCAGAGUGAUUCUGUUCCAUACCUUUAAUGCACAUCAAGGUGAUGGAGGAGCCUUUCUGCCCCACUAAGCUUGAGCUUGUAGUGCCUUCGUGUCCAUUUUGCCAUUGGUUCUUUUGAUGGAUCCUCCUGGUGGUGCUUCAAACACAACUUCAGUGCACAAAGCAAUUUCCCUUCGGCUCAGGGUUAUUCUUGAGAUGCAAGAUAAACUCUGCCUUUAGGGUAUCAUCUCAAUGGCUUUCCUAAGCCACCUUAUUAAAAAACAACCUGAUAUAUUAACAGAAAAUAAGUAAAUCACGUUACUGAAAUGGAUUCUGUUCAGACCAAGGGCAGCUGAACAAGUUUUGGAGUUACACGAGCAAAUGCACAAAGUGGAACAUGUUGGCUACAGCAAUGGGAUGGUGUGUUGUGCACCAGUGUUCUGAGUGUGUGCAAUGCACUUGUGCGUGUCUGUAUGAAGUAAGCUGAUUUCCUGUUAGCCAAUACAGAUCUUGGUUCAGAACUUUCAUAUGUAACAGUUGUUAGAACCCAGCCUGGGUGUUGGGGAGGAAAAAGUGUAACAUAAGAGGGGUGAUGUGUGAAGGAAUGAGAAAUUUAUUAACCUUUUUUAAAGGCUGAGCUGGUAAUCUUGCUUAGUAGUAACUGCACAGGUUUUUUAGCUGCCUGUCACCGUGUGUUGUUGAGACCUUCCUGACUUCAACCAGAUGGACUCAGUUGUUUGGUCGAGAAGCAGCAUUAGGCUCCAGGAGCGUCUCUGCCUUCCCCUGGUGUAUUGGGCUCAGAUCCAGAAGUGAGAUCAUCUCGGUGACUGCUCUGCCUCAUUGCAGCACCUGUAAAAGGGAGAGGAAAUGUUUUACAGCUCACCCAGCUAUUUCAGUACCAACCACUUCUGGGUGGUGCCUCCCAUGAAAGACAGCAUCCCUGUAUGUCAGUGCUAUAGCUCAGGGUUUAAGCCACGUCUUCAGGUUGCUCUUUGCAUGUGAAUUGUGACCUAUUUUCUGAGGCUUUGCAGGCAAUCCAGAAGCUCUGCUGCCCACACCUUCUAUAGGGCAGGGUGUGCAGAGGUGGGUUUGUCAUUGAGGUUCUCCUUUAGUAAUAAAACUGCCUGCACGUAACUGGGGACUUGCUCCUUUAUCCAGAUAACUGCUUUGUAUCUAACCGCAGAAUAAAAACAAGCGUGCUCAAACAUCUGAACGUAGGAGGUGAUGGGUGGAGAGAGGAAAGGUCUGAGCCGUUGUCUGAUGGGAUGCGUGCCCAGCUGAAGUGAAAUGCUGGCACUACAGCAAAGGAGAAAACUGUUUGCGAGUAUUCCAAGCUCGUUUUGCUUUUGAUGGGCAGGAAAGCAAGAAAAGGAUGGGAUUUUUUUCCCAUCAAAGUAAAAGGUUCUGCCUGUCCUGCAGUGCCUCCAGAUUUGGAGAUGCUGCUGCUGUCCAAAACCAACCUACAGCCUGUCGACCCUUCUCUUACACUGGCCCAACUGUUGCUUGUGUGAGCGUAGGCACAACCAAUGCAAGCAACUCUUUAAAAGGAGAAUCCUGUUCAGAUGACUUGGUUGCCUGGUUCUCGUGCAGAUUGGGUCAUUGGUUUGCCAUAUUCUCUAUGAUAAACGCCUUUUUCCUUCUCUUGUUUUUGUGAAUGCUGUUUUUUGAUGAUGGCUGGGUUAAUUCAGAGGCAUUUGCAUGGUGUGGCGAUGGGUCUCGCCCUGUUUCUCCCCUAUAAGCUCAAAAUCCCUUGGUAAUACCUGGUGACAUAUAACCUGGAAGAAGGAAGCACUAUAGUCUUAUCAGUCCUGUUAUCAAACUGAGCUUAGUAUCUGAGGUAAAGCCAUUGCUGGCAAUAUGGGCUUCAGGAAAGACAGACAGUAUUUUUGUAGAGUAACUUACAGAUUGUUCACAUAUCUACACUGUCUUUACUUAGCAGUGUAAUGUAUCAAAGUGAAUAGUUUCCCAAUAAAUACUGAUUUUAAUGCCUAA